UCAAAAGAGAGGAAGGGAGUCACUUCGUGGGCAAUUGGUUUACAGUAGUGGCAGCCUACUACGACACGGGGGGCGGGUUACGGCAAAAAUUGUGUAAGGCUGGAUCGCUGACUACAUAAGCACCGCUACAUAAGCAGGUAGUAUGACAUUUGCAGGGCACUGUGUCGAAGAGAUCAGGGACUUGUAUUGGAAGCGGGUUGGCACUAUCUUAACUGGGUAGAGCAAACGAAACCUCUAUCGCGGGGAUACUUUUUAUUCAUAGCUGUGUAGACUAGGCUAUGUAAAACGUAGGCCUAUAUAGAUUUGUAAAAUAUGUUUUUGAGGGGGGGCUAGCAUUGGGUUAUAAUUUCGUAUACCGGUGCGGAAGCGUUGCAAUUUAUAGGUUAUAUAGACCAUCCUUUGUGUAAUUAAACUAAAGUAUUUGGGCUCCUCGUGAAUGAUCUGUAUUUGUUCUUGUGUGUGUUUUAUGAGAUUUGACCGUACGUUUACAUAGUAAAGGUAAAUUGAACAGUUUUCGGUUUAAAUAGCCAUUUCUAGAAAGCCAUUUGAAAUGGGGAUAGGAGCCGAAAAUUCGUCUUUGACCACUAAACCGCCCAGUCACCACGGGGGAUUCCAGGGUGGCACCGAUAUCGCGAUAAAAGCCCCUUCAAAUGUCGAAGUAAUGAUACCUGAGAAAGCGGAGAACGUUGCCGCAGAAAGAGGUGUUUGGAGUCGGCGACUUGAGUUCGUUCUUGCAUCCGUGGGUUAUGCAGUUGGACUUGGGAACGUAUGGCGGUUCCCGUACCUGUGCUACAGGAGCGGUGGAGGGGCCUUCCUUGUCCCCUAUCUGACCAUGCUGGUUCUCUGCGGCAUCCCCCUACUUUUCCUGGAGUUUGCCCUCGGCCAGUACACACGCCUGGGACCUGUACUGGCCUUUUCCAAAGUCUGUCCUUUGUUGAAAGGUGUGGGCUUGGCCACAGUGGUCAUCUCCUUCGUGCUGUCCACCUACUACAACGUGCUCAUGAGCUGGGCCCUCUACUACUUCUUCAACUCCUUCGGGUCCUCGCUUCCAUGGCAAUCCUGUAACAACACCUGGAACGCCGUUGGCAACUGUUCGACCGGUUUCCCUGGUAAUGCCACACACCUGAAGUCUGCCAGUCAGCAGUACUUUGAUCACAAGCUCCUGGAGAUAACCGGUGGCAUUGAGCAGGCGGGGGGCGUCCGCUGGGAGCUCUUCGGCCUCCUCCUCCUCGCCUGGGUCAUCGUCUACCUCUGCAUCUUCAAAGGAGUCAAAUCCACUGGCAAGGUUGUGUACUUCACUGCCACGUUCCCAUACUUCAUCCUGAUCGCUCUGCUGAUCAACAACGUUCAGCUGCCCGGAGCCAAGGACGGCAUCCUCUUCUUCCUGAUGCCCCGGUGGAGCAAGCUGCUGGAGGUGCAGGUGUGGGUCAAUGCUGCAGCCCAGGUGUUCAACUCUAUAGGAAUAGGGUUUGGGACCAUGGUCUCCAUGGCCAGUUACAACAAGUUCAACAACAACAUCCUCCGGGACACGUUGAUUGUCUCUCUAGCCAACUCGGCCACCAGCAUCCUGGCAGGGUUUGUGAUAUUCUCGGCCAUUGGCUACAUGGCUCACAUCCAUAACCUUCCAGUGGACAACAUCGCCACGGACGGUCCGGGCCUGGUGUUCGUGGUCUACCCUGAGGUGUUCUCCACCAUGCCCUUCUCUCAGCUGUGGGCUCCUCUGUUCUUCCUCAUGCUGCUCUGCCUGGGCCUGGACAGCCAGUUUGCCAUGGUGGAGGUGGCAGUGACUUGCAUCAUGGAUGGAUUUGGGCCCCAGGUGCUGAGAGUGUUCAAGAGGCAGGAGGUGCUGGUGCUGGUCGUCUGUGUGGUCGGGUUCCUCCUGGGGAUCCCUCACAUCACCAGGGGGGGUAUGUAUGUGUUCCAGCUGAUGGACCACUACACCGCUGUGGUCUCCCUCAUGUUCCUCGCCUUCUUUGAAGUUCUCUCCCUCUGCUGGAUCUUCGGACUGGGGCGUAUCUCUGUCAUGGUGACGAGGAUGCUGGGAAAACCUCCCAACAUGUACGUCCGUCUCUGCUGGUUGGUGUUCGCUCCUCUGCUGGUUCUGGGAAUUCUAAUCUCCAGCAUAGUCCAGUACACCCCCGCCCGCUACGGGAAGACUUACACCUACCCUGCCUGGGCUGAGGUGGUGGGCUGGGGCAUCUCCCUGGUCUCCAUCAUCUGGAUCCCUGUGGGGGCCAUCCAGGAACUGUGGCAGUGUGAGGGCUCACUGUGGCAGAAGCUAAAAACAGCAAUUACACCCACUGUGGACCUGGACCUCAUCGAUGACAGUCAGGAGAAACAGAUAGCAGAUUAUUCAGAGACCUUAUUCCUCACCUCCCAGUGAGGUCAAACACAGUCUGCUUUCUCGUGUGUGGGGGUCAGAUGGCUGAGCGGUCGUUGAAUCGGGCUAUUAAUCAGAAAGUUGCCGGUUCGAUUCCUGGCCG